AUGGCAAAAGCAUACACAAAAGCUGAAUUUGACAGUCUAAUGGAGAAGGUGGAGAAGGUACAUAUUAGGGUGAAAGAAUACUUAGAGUUAGCUGGUUACGAAAAGUGGGCUAGGUUUUAUGCACCUGUUAACAGGGGAUGGACAAUGACGUCAAAUAUUGCUGAGUCAAUUAAUGCCGCACUAGUUUCAGCAAGGGAAUUGCCAAUAUACGACUUCCUCGUAGAAGUUAGGAAGAUGUUUGGACGUCAUAUAUUACCACUAGCAUAUGGUGUUAUUGAUUCAGAGAACGAUGCUGCUUGGACGUGGUUCUUUGAGCAAUUCAAGAUAGCAUACGGUGUAAGGGAAAACAUGUGCAUCGUUUCAGAUAGAAAUGAGAGUAUCAUUAAAUCUGUAUCGAGAGUGUAUCCGGAUGUACUGCAUUUUGCUUGUAUAUGGCAUCUACGGAACAACGUAUAUAAGAAAUUCAAAAAGAGCCAUGCCAAGUUGAGCGAGAUAUACUUUUCGAUGGCAAAAGCAUACACAGAAGCUGAAUUUGACAGUCUAAUGGAGAAGGUGGAGAAGGUAGAUAUUAGGGUGAAAGAAUACUUAGAGUUUGCUGGUUACGAAAAGUGGGCUAGGUUGUAUGCACCUGUUAACAGGGGAUGGACAAUGACGUCAAAUAUUGCUGAGUCAAUCAAUGCCGCACUAGUUUCAAAAAGGGAAUUGCCAAUAUACGACUUCCUCGAAGAAGUUAGGAAGAUGUUUGGACGUUGGAAUUGUAGUAACUACAAAGAAGCUACACAGACAUACAAGACGCUUGGGAAAAAAUACCAGGAGAUGCUGGAGUUGAAUGAGAGAAUGUGUACACGUAUGACUGUGGUACCGUCAAAUGAAUACUUACAUACGGUUAACGAUGGUGGGAGGAAUUGCACAGUCUGCCUGUUAGAGAGAAAAUGUGUUUGUGGGAGGUUCCAAAUUGAUGAAUUGCCAUGCCCACAUGCUUGGGCUGUAUUGAAGAGCAAGUUUCUAAUGCCAGAAGAAUAUUGCUCUAACUACUACAAACCAAGUACAAUUGUAAUGACAUACGAUGUGCCAGUAUACACGCUACCGGACAAAAAUGACCGGAAUAUACCAGAACAUGUAGCAGAGGAGGUUGUACUACCACCCAAAUGGAAAAGACCUCCUGGAAGGCCAAAGAAGAAGCGCGAUAAAACUUUAAGUAGAACUGCUGCAGACCCGAAAAAACCAACAUUCAUGUAG